AGCAGAGUAGACGGCUCCUGUGAGGCUUCAAGCAGGAACCACAGGAGGACAUUCCGGGUGGAGGGUGUAAACACACGGCUUGGACAGAGGUCGGAUAUUUAUGUGCUCAACAGGAUGGAGCUGAGAUUCUCCAAAACUUCGUGUUACAGUGUUUUAGUUUGCUGCUUUUUGAUAUGCGCCAUCUUUGGAAUGUACCCAGCUGCUGCUAUAGAAGUGGACACCCUUGCUGAGCUGUAUGUAGAAAACGGAACCAUUGGGACUCUUAAGUGUUGGUUCAAAUCCACUGAAGUGAUCAGUAGUCAAGCAUCAGUAUCGUGGUCUUUCAUCCCUGAGGGAUCGCCAGAGUCCACUGGCGUGGCUAUUUUCUACUACUCGGGUGGAAAAGCUUUCCCAGAUAGCCCUCAGUUCAAGGCCAGGGUAGAAUGGGCAGGCGAUUUGAACAAAAAAGACGCGUCUAUCCGCGUCACUCAAAUGCAGUUUUUGGACAAUGGAACUUACUCCUGUGACGUAAAGAACCCUCCAGAUAUAAGUGGUAAACCUUCACUGACUAAACUCAGGGUCGUGAUGAAAGAAGCACUCCCUCAGACCAGCCCAGCAGUCAUAGUGGGUGCAGUCAUUGGUGCAAUCAUUGGAGUCAUCAUCAUCGCCUUUGUUGCAUAUCUGCUAAUAAGAUUAAUACCGUCCAAUCAUGAUUAUGAAGGCUGCACCUCCAUAGAGAGUGUAAGCACGCAGCCGGCUCGGCCGGGGAAGAAAGCUGAGUCCAGCACGGAGGGCUCGCGCUGUAGCAGCCCCUCAGCCCCUGUACAGGGACCGGUGAUAUACGCCCAGCUGGAUCACUCUGGCAGCAAGAAUCUGAACUCCUUCCACAAGAUGGAGCCCGUGGUGUAUGCUGACAUCCGUAAGAACUAGAGAGAGGGAGAGAGAGCCAGAGUAGAGAGGGCAGUCAUCAAACACCUCCAGCAAAACUCUGUUCUGAAAUGUUUCAUAGUUUUUUGUUUUUUUUUUUUCCCCUGAAUGAAUGACAGUGUCACAUGGAAGUCAUAUCCCACAUAUGCAAAGGCUUCAAUACAGCUUAGCAUAGCUAAUAUCAUGAAAAGAAAAUCUACCACAGAAUGUACAGUUACUCCAAGCGUCAUCAGCUUUGCCCCGCUUGUAAUUGCAUGUAGCUGACCAUGCUACCUCCUUCACCUAUCAGAUUUCAGAAAUGAGGGUACCAAAACUUCAGGGACGAUGUUCCUUUUACUGCCGCUGUGCCACUUAGGAUUAAAACGAAACCCAAAUGUGCCACAUUUUGACAUUGUUAAAUGUAUGUGUUGUAAAUGUCUUAUUGAUUCAGUAGUGUAAUGAUGUAAUAGUGAUAAUGAGCAUUAUAGCCUAGUUUCUAUUACUGACUUCAGCAGGGCAGCCGCUCAGACCACAGCAAAAAUAGGUCAAAACACAAGCUUUUAACUUUACAGUACGAAUGGGUUAAGUAUUGUUGUACAGAUAAAGGUCUUCGCGCUGUGUUGCAUGGAAUUUGAUUCGACACUAGUGACAGUUAGCAGUGCUUCUCAACCUUUUUGUAUAUUUUUUGUAUAAAUAUCUUAAGGAUGAAGUUAGGCCAGUUUUCAGGAUCCAGAUUAAGCUUAGUCUUAACUAAAAAAUGUACAAAAUUAAAAAAAAAACCUCACGUCUACAUUAUCAGACUAGGCUUAACCUGCGUCUGGAAAAGUGGUCCAGAACGUCAACAGCCUUACUGUAACAUCCAAAAGCUUUUUUAUUCUUUUUUUUUCCACUUGAAUUUUGCAAGUGCUUGGCCAAAAUGUUACAAUUGACAUUUCUACGUUUUAAAAAUUCCUCCAAAGGUUAACAGCCAUUUCUAGCUCUAGGGAAGACAUUGGUGCACUCAUUAUACUGCCUUUUUUUGUUACAUGCCAAAACAUUUGGGAAUUAAACAUUCCGUUGUU